UUUUACUCUAUACUUGAAUAUGUGCGAUACUAUUUACUGAUAUUUAGUCAGUACGCUACACUGUGUACAGAUAAAAGAAACAAGUAAAGAACACAACGAGGUGUGUUUCAAAACGGUGGCCCAGCACAACGCUCCAAGUAAGCGUACGAACAGACAAACGGGAAGGUGUUGCUAAAACAUACAGUACAUACUCGUUAAGCUAAGCACCCAAUAGUACGCGUUAGUAAUUACGGUGGCGCAGGCGCGAAGAACGAAGUGUUUCAGUGUGCUUUUGUUAGUAGAGUGCAGUGCAGUGCGUGUCAUCCAUAAAAAAUUCAAGAAAAUAAGAUAAAAUCAUCAAUAAAUAAUCAAGUGAACAUAACCUAAAAGUAUUAAGAAAAACGCAUUUUCGAAUUACAGAAAAAGAGAAUUCCUUUACAGUUAAUUGCUUUUAAUUCGGCAUAUUAUGCAAGCAUCCAUUUGUCUGCACAACAACAUUAGCGUCAAGUCAAAAAUGCAGUUGCCUUUAGUGUUGGCAUUGCUUUUUGUUGCAUGCUUAACAGUCUUGUCCGGCUACUUGCCGUGCUCAGAGGCUGCAUCAACCGAACGACCUUACCAAUUUGGUUUCACAAUCGAGAAGCAGCAGCAUCGUCAAGAGAAAAAAGAUGAGCGCGGUAUCGUUAUGGGUGAAUUUGGCUUCAUAACCGCCGAUGGCAUUUAUCACGUAACAGUCUAUGCAACCGAUGAGGAAGGCAAAUUUCGCAUAUUAGCUAUGCGUAGUUAUCCCUACGAGGAGCAUCCAAAGACAAUCGACAUGAUUGUACGACCAAAGGCUAAGCCAACUAUAUCAAAAGCCAUAGCACCGCCAAUGACCACCACCACAACAACAGAGCGUGCAAAACCGAAACCAAUUGAGAAGCACAACUUCAGCGUUCAAGGUUGUUCGGGCUGUUUUCUGAAAAACAACGUACCGACCACAACAACGACAUCAACUCAGAAACCUCAAGAUAAGAAAUAUGAAAUAAGAACCUUGUCAAGGCCUCUGGGUCCCGAAAAAGGUCCGCAAAUUGGUUCUGUACCGCCCAGCAAUACUAUUAGCAGCAACACAGCAAAGGCAGCGACAGCAGGCACAUUCGGGGGUGCGAACUCACAGAAAGGUCCUGGGAAAACAGGCACGAACGCAUUACCGAAAUCACCCAGCGCGCCAUCUGUUGGCGCAACUGGCUCAACAAAUGGCUUUACAACACCGAAAAAACAACUAACGGCACCAGCAAUUUCUGCUGGCAGCACUGGCGGUGCAAGUCGUUCUAAUACCAAUGCAGGCAUCGGUGGCGGAACACCUAGCAACGGUGGACUCAGCGGCAAUGCGGGAAUUAGUAAAAGUGGCGGAAAUGGCAGCAAAGGUGGCAGUUCGGGCGGUUUUACGAGCGGUUCGAAAGGUGCCAGUGCUGCUGGCGAAACCGGCGAUUUGUAUCGCUUCAAGUACAACCUCGAUUAUAAUGGGCAUCGGGAGACCGGUGCGCACAAUGGCAACAAGGAGGGCAGCUUCUACGCCAUCGGCGAUGAUAAUGUGGAACGCACCAUUGAAUAUAUCGCCAAUGAGUUUGGCUAUCAGCCGCAUGUUCGCUUCCGCAAAUUGGACGCACCAGUGCAGGCCAAAGAAAAUAAGUUGAAAGAUUACGAAUUCGUGUGGUUCAAAAAGGAAUAAUUACUAUGAUAGAAAUUAUGUAUGUAGGUAUGUGCAAUGUUUUUUUUUCUAAUUUCUAUUUUUUAAUUUAUUUAUUUGUUGAAGUGAAAAAGAGUU